CCUGAUCACUGAGGCUUCUGGAAACAGCUGAUACUCCUGACCACUGAGCUGCUCACCAGAGACACUGCAGCAGACACACCCUGAUCACUGAGGCUUCUGGAAACAGCUGAUACUCCUGACCACUGAGCUGCUCACCAGAGACACUGCAGCAGACACACCCUGAUCACUGAGGCUUCUGGAAACAGCUGAUACUCCUGACCACUGAGCUGCUCACCAGAGACACUGCAGCAGACACACCCUGAUCACUGAGGCUUCUGGAAACAGCUGAUACUCCUGACCACUGAGCUGCUCACCAGAGACACACUGCAGCAGACACACCCUGAUCACUGAGGCUUCUGGAAACAGCUGAUACUCCUGACCACUGAGCUGCUCACCAGAGACACACUGCAGCAGACACACCCUGAUCACUGAGGCUUCUGGAAACAGCUGAUACUCCUGACCACUGAGAACAGGAAGAGACUAAAAUGGGAGGAUCCUCAUCAAAAGAACAGGAAGCACCCCCAUCAUUAGAGCUUGAACAACCAUGGAGAAAUGUAGACUGGAAUGGAAGAGGUAGACUUGAGGGUGAGCUGAGGAAUACCAAAAUCAGAAGUUCAGAUGUCAGCCAUCUCAGAAUCCUUCUGCAUGGACAAAUCGGAGUGGGAAAGUCUUGUUUCAUCAACUCUGUUGACAGUGCUUUCCAACACGAAAUUAAAAACAAAGCUGGGGAGGCACCAUGUUCAGACAAAAGUUACACCAAAAAAUACAAGACCUACAAAAUCGAAAAUGGAAAUGGUGGAUUUUUACCAUUUGUCAUGAAUGAUGUCAUGGGCCUUGAAAACAAAGAUGGAGUUCAAACAGCUGAUGUCAUCAGUGCCCUAUUGGGCCAUGUGAAAGAAGGAUAUAAGUUUAAGUCUGACACUCCUCUGAAAGAAUGUGACCGUAACUAUGUUAGUAACCCCAGCCCAGAUGAUAAAGUUCACUGUCUGGUGACCGUUGUGUCAGCAAACAGCCUCUCUCUAAUGGAUCAGUCUAUCAUCAAUAAGAUGAAAACAGUCAAAGAACGAGCCAAUGACAUUGACAUUCCUCAAAUCGUUCUUUUGACAAAGAUUGAUGAAGUCUGCCUCCUUGUUAAACAAGAUGUGAAAAAGACCUACACAAGCAAGAAAAUUCAAGAAAAGAUCAACCAGUGCUCUAAUAUGAUUGGAGCUCCUGUGAAGUUUAUCUUCCCAGUCAAGAACUACUGUUAUGAAUCUGACACAAAUGAUCCAACAGACAUCCUCAUUAUGUUAGCACUACGCCACAUGGUCAGUGCUGCUAAUGACUAUGUUGCAUCCCUGUAACUCCUAACAGAACAUUGAGAAAUGCGCAGCAAUGUUUCACUGGAGUGUCAGUAGACAGCUUGCAGACUAUGAAGUACUAUGAAGUACCUAAAUAAUCUGCAAUUCAGUAGUGUAACUGCAUCAGUGCCUUUCAAUCAAGAUCUGUUUUAUUUUACAAAGAUAAUGAUGCUGCAUAUUGUAGAACAUAUAAAGAAACAUAACCGCAUUAAAUGUACUGUUAUUUUUACCUUUAUGUUACCUGUAUGUAUUCAUGGUAUUUAGAUUACAUUUAAAUAGAAAAAAUGAAAUAAAUCAUGAAUUGUGUCAAUUUUAACUUUUCACAUAUUAAUCAUCACAUAAAACUAAAAUGAGUCUAUGAUGUAUGCUCCUUGCCAUGCAGUGAUACUUAAUAAAAUAAU